AGUAGCGCGUCAAUUUGGUGUGAGCGUGGUAGUGAGUGAGUGAUGGUGGAUGAUUUAAAAAUUAGUGCUGUGAAAUCGUUUCAGUUAUAAUUUAUUAAUAUUACAUAUUAUAUGAUGAAAAGAUGAAAUAUGAAGGGAAAUUAGUUACGUACCAUAAACAAAGAUAAGAGGUAUCGGGAGCAUAAUUUUUUGGAGUGAUUCAUAAGAGGCAGGGACAAAAAUAACUGCUGUAUCAAAAAUAAAGUGUUGCUCUAGCAUUUUUAAUGUCCUGCAUUUAGCAAACAGAAAAUUAUUUGUUAAGAUUUUUCAAGAUGUUGUAACUACAGUUUUUUAAAAUAAAUCAACGGCGGAAUCACACAGUAUCAUGGCGUUGGCUGGAAGGUGCCGAAUAUGGAGAGGCUGUUUUUGGUGCAAAACCAGCUUGUUUCUGACUGCAUUUAUGUUAACCUACGUGAAUACUCAAGAUAUAUCGAUGUGCUGUACAAAAGCGGACGGAACCUGCCGCAGUGUAUGUGAAAAGAUGUCUUUGGUUGUUAACACGGAUAAUGACGUCCGGGAAGAGAGGAUAAAAAAUAUUUAUAAAUUUUGCACACCCUCACCGCAGUUGGUGGACUUUUGGAUAUGCAUGAACAAUACUAUCGAGGAAGUGGUGGAGGAGGUUGGUUGGUGGGGUCGCGCUUGUUGCGAGCUCGGCAACUCACCGGGAUGCCGUGAUGCAUGCACGCUGGCACAACACGAGCAAGCGCUUGUAGCGAGCAGCGCCUGCCGCCAUUCCGAUGAAAUCGCCCUCUUCGACUGCGUUCAUAGCCAGCGGACUGCACAAUGGUGUUGUUCGCAGACGCAAUACCUUAAUUGCCAUGAGGCUUGUCACAAAGCGUUAUGGCGGAUUGGAAGUUCACGUGUAGACAAUACGGCCCUUGACCACGCUAUCGAAGUGUGUGAGCAGUCACCGCCUCUUCUUCGGUGUUUACGAAACAUGACCGCGUCAUCGAUUCAUGCAGACACAUCUAAGUAUUUACCUUGUUGUCACGAAUCAUCACGUGUAUCGUGUCGAAGCGCAUGCGAGGCAGUGCUCCGCCGCACUGGGGAACCUAAUGAAAUAUCUGACACGUUGUCCGCUGCUUGUGGAGCGCCUUCUUUAUCCGAUGGUCUUUGGCAAUGUUUCCUAAGAAAAGACGAACCCACCGACAACAAAGAUAUUAUUCCACAUGAUGUAGCUAAGCUAAACUGCUGUCAAAAGGCAAAAACUAUCAAUUGUCGAAAAUUGUGCUUCGAAACCUUUAACACCGGAUGGCAAAAUAACUGGCAGAAAUUUUAUAGCGAAUGCUUGGGAGAUCCACAGGAAAACGAUUUGACGGAGUGCAUUGAAGAAGUGGAAGCGCCUUGCUCGUUGGGGUGUGCUGGGCUGACAUAUUGCAGCCAUUUGAACAACAGACCUACAACAUUAUUCCGUUCAUGUACCGCCCAGGCCGAUCUAGAGGCACAUCUCGCCGUUGCAGAGCAAAAGGGAAGCAGAUCCAUAACAGUGUCUGGUCUUGUCGUUCCAUUAAAAAACUUAUCACAAUGUCCCACUGAUAUUUGGAAGAGCGUCGCUUGUCCUUUACAUGUCAGGCCAUGCACUGCUAAGGGCCAUAGUAGCAUGUUGUGUGCGGAAGACUGCACGCGUUUAGUAUCAUCAUGUAUCGAGUGGUCUCGAGCCUCACCACAAUUAUCCGCCGCUGCUUUAUGCGCCCGCCUCACUCCACGCGAUUCGAAUGCGCCUUGUGUCCAGCUGAGGAACUUCAUAACACCCAGUACGGAACCGCCGCUGCUGUCCGCACGGGAGGCCGUGACGUCACCGUGCGCGGGCGCCCCGUGUAACGCGACGCAGGUGUGCGUGCCCAACAGAAAUUGCUUGCACGGUGGCACUUGUACCAGAUACACGUGUCUCGACGGAUGUCGACUUGGCGAGGGCAGUUCGUUCGUGGUAACGAUAGGUUCUUGGGUGCGGGUGCCGAUGGCAGGUGCGUCACGUAAGGCGUGCUAUAAAGUAUGCCGGUGCGGCACUCGGGGUCUCACUCAGUGUCAGCCACUUCCCUGCGUCGAACUAGAAAACUGCCGCCUUCUUGAUCGUAUAGUUCAACAUGGGUCUCGGUACUGGGUGGAGUGUAACCCGUGCACGUGCGUGGGUGGCGAGCGCGUGUGUGGGACGCGUGCGUGCGGGGUGGGGACGGGAGCGGGGGCGGGUUCUCUGUCCCGCGCCCCGCGUCUUCCCUGUUCGUGUCCCCCGCAUCAUCUCCCCGCUAGGGCUGCCUCUAGACUUUAUCCUAAUGCUUGUCUCGCCAAGUGUGCGGGAGCGACGGAUGCCGAUAUAGAAUUCGGUGAGAGGAGGGCGUGCGGGGCGGGGGCGGGGCCGGGGGGAGGGUGUGGGCGGCUUGCGUGCGCGCGCGCUCCUAACGUGUGCUUGUCCAGAUUACAGGCGUCCUGCCCGCAACAUGUCUGCGUAAACACAAGUCACUGCAAUACACAACCGCCAAAGACAGUUUGCGAUACUGAUGGGGUAACACAUUCCACACCGUGUCAUUUGGCCCUGGGUGGGAAGCGACUUGCCCACUGGGGACCUUGUCUCAAAUACUGCUCACAAGAACUGUAUGCGGAGUCAACGGCGUAAGCUAUAUAUCUGAAUGCGCAGCCUGGUCAGAGUACGUGAGCGUAGAUUAUAUAGGACCCUGUGUAGCCGUUGGCCUUAUUACCGACUUGAUGGAACCUGCUUGUCAGUUCGAUAGAAUAAAUUGUCCUCCGCUUAAGAAACAAGGCUGUCAAGGCUUCACUCCACCAGGAGCUUGCUGUCCUAAAUGUGGAGGAGGGUUACGAAUACUCUACUCGAAAAAGCAAAUCGACCGAGCUCUCUACGGCACCAAUAUUUCUGCUACCGUGAUAAAUCUUCACAAUAUGCUCAAAGCUCUCGAAAGACACGUCAAAGUUGCCGAAUGUGCGCUCCGAGGUUAUUUGACUAUUGAAACUGAAAUUUUCGUGUCUGUAGAAACACUUUUAGAUGAUCCAACUGAUUUACAGCUUGAGGUUUGCGUCUUGGAAGCUGAGAAAUUAGCCGAUAUGAUCAAUAGAGAAAGCGCCUUGGUCGCCCUCGACUUAGGACUCAGUGCGCUUUCGUACGCAUUGACUGUCCACACGUAUGCUACUAAGGCUGCAGUUGGUGUUACUGUAUCAAUUUUAACAUUGUUUGUAACACAUUUUAGUAUUUACGUAUUAAGGUGAAAGUAGAUUUGAAUUAUUUGUACAAUAUUAAUGUAAAUAUGUUUGUAAAUAUUGUGGAAAGACACCAAAUAUUAUAGUGCCAUUAAACGUAGAUACCAGAAACGAAGGAUAUAUGCUUUGGUUUGCUUUAACGUCCAAUCUAAUAGGGCACAAUUUACCAAAAUGUAGUGAGUUCAGCGUGCCAUGUUUAUACAUUGCUAUAUUUAUUAUAUCAAAAGACAACUUUUGGUAGGAGUUUACGUAACGGUCACCGAGGUAAGACUUUGAAAAUUUAUGAUCACAGUUCAAACCUAACUGACCAAACGGUGUUUCUUCUUUUAUUAAUGGCUUAUCUGCGAAUUUCACACAAUUCUGCCAAUGCCAAUUAAUUAAAAUAAUUUCUAUAUGUAAAAUGAAAUGAAUGAAAGACUGCGAUAAUCACCUAGACAGGUGUCCAAACGGUGUUUAUUAAUUUUUUACGGCAAAACUCUCUGUCAUAAAAAAUUACUAGUCUUUUUUCCUCAGAGCCGUUAUGUAUACUCCAACUCAACUUUUUAUAGUCUGUAUCUAUACCAAAUGACUCUUGUUACGUAAAAAGUUUGGUAUAUUUUUGUUGAUUACAUAGAGGAGAUUUUUUAGAGUUAUUAAAUGCAAAUAUAUAUUUGUUUACGAGCUUAAAAAAAGGAUAAGAAAUAAAUAUUAUGGGAAGUAAUCG